AUGUCUGCCAAUGUCACAUUCUUUGAACAAACACCUUUCUUCUCUCCAUCUGUUCAAGAUGUUCAUAUCCUCCAACAGGUCAUUCCUCUUCCAGUGGUUGAGUCCAAUAUCUCUAAUGUACCCGUCAAUUCAAGUCAUGCUCAAAGUCCUCCCGAACCUUCCUCUCCACAUAUUGAUAUCUCCCGACAUAGUACCCCCGUGGGCAGUCCUCUCCCAGAAAAUGGUGGAUCUCCUUCUUCAGCUUCUUCUCCAUCACUGCCUCUUGCCACGCCUUCUUGUGAAGGUGAGUCUGGUUGGCCCAUUGCUCUCAGAAAAGGUACUCGUUCCACUCGAAACCCUCAUCCCAUUUAUAAUUUUCUUAGCUAUCACAGAUUGUCGCCCUCCUUUUAUUCCCUUUUAUCCUCAGUGUCUUUUGUGGUUAUACCCAAAAAUGUGAAAGAAGCACUUGAUCUUCCUGGAUGGCGACAAGUCAUGAUUGCAGAAUUGCAGGCUCUUGACCACAGUAGUACUUGGGAACUUGUGCCACUUCCCCCGGGCAAAAAGGUUGUUGGUUGUCGAUGGGUAUAUGCAGUUAAAGUCGGCCCUAAUGGUGACAUUGAUAGGCUCAAAGCCCGAAUGGUUGCAAAGGGGUACACUCAGGUGUAUGGCCUUGAUUAUUGUGACACCUUUUCUCCCGUGGCCAAGAUGACUACCAUUCGUCUUUUCUUCGCAAUGGCAGCAAUUCGUCAUUGGCCACUUCAUCAAUUGGAUAUCAAAAAUGCCUUUCUCCAUGGUGAUCUUGAGGAAGAAGCUCUCGGGCAAGGGUUGUUAUAUGAAAAGAAAGGAAGCCUUCAGGUAUCAGGAUAUUGUGAUGCCGAUUGGGCAGCUGAAGCUGAAUAUAGGGCAAUGACAUCACUGACAUGUGAACUUAUAUGGGUGAAGAAGUUCCUUCAAGAGCUUAAAUUCUAUGACAUUUAG